UCCGUGGAGGUGGAGGUGGAGGCGCGUGCGUGUGGCGGCCGCCGCCACGGCAACGUGCUUCUCCCGUCCACUUCUUCCCACCCCCCAAUUCAAAGCCAAAGCCACACAUCCCAACGCGAGCGAGAGAAGAGGAGGGGAGCAGCAGCAGCAGCAGCAGCAAUGGCGGUCGUCGGCGUCCUCGCGCUGCAGGGCUCCUUCAACGAGCACUUGGCCGCGCUGAGGAGGAUCGGGGUGAGGGGGGUGGAGGUGCGGAAGCCGGAGCAGCUGCAGGGGCUCGACUCGCUCAUCAUCCCCGGCGGCGAGAGCACCACCAUGGCCAAACUCGCCAACUACCACAACCUGUUUCCUGCACUUCGAGAAUUUGUUGGUACAGGAAGGCCUGUCUGGGGAACUUGUGCUGGACUCAUCUUCCUAGCUAACAAGGCAGUAGGCCAAAAAUCCGGAGGUCAGGAGCUUAUUGGAGGACUAGAUUGUACUGUCCACCGGAACUUUUUUGGGAGCCAGCUUCAAAGCUUUGAAACGGAACUUUCAGUGCCAAUGCUUGCAGAGAAGGAAGGAGGGAGCGAUACAUGCCGUGGCGUAUUUAUACGAGCACCUGCUAUCUUGGAUGUAGGUUCAAAUGUUGAAGUACUGGCGGAUUGUCCUGUUCCAUCGGAUAGACCCAGUAUUACAAUAGCGUCUGGAGAGGGUGUUGAGGAAGAAGUGUACUCGAAAGAUCGGGUAAUUGUUGCUGUAAGGCAAGGGAACAUCCUCGCUACUGCUUUUCACCCAGAAUUGACAUCAGACUCUAGAUGGCAUCGGUUCUUCCUGGACAUGGAUAAAGAAUCUGAUACAAAAGCCUUCUCUGCUCUCUCUCUCUCAUCAUCUUCAAGAGACACUCAAGAUGGGUCAAAGAAUAAGCCUCUUGAUCUACCCAUCUUCGAGUAGCUCAUGAAAGAAAAGAAAGACUGUUAAACAUUGAAGAACAGAAGAUGAAGAAGCUAACAAAAUUUUGAGCAUUCAGUUGGUGACAAUAGAGAAAGUUGAGUACGUGUGAUGCUCAGUCCAAAUGUGUUAUUGUUGUCAAACUGUACCAAUCAAAAUAAUGAUAAUGCCGUCCCAAACAUUGUGAUUUUGCUACGACAAAGAAUCUGAUUCAGUUGAAUAUAUGUCACAAUUUUUUUUCUUCCUCUC